AGAAGCGGUGACGAGUCCUUCCUUUUCCGGCUGGGCCGAGGCGGAGGGAGAAGGCAGCGUGAGGGGCUCCUCCGCUGGUCGCCGCCAUCAUGGCUUGUACUCGUCCACUAGUCUCGGUGUACUCCGAAAAGGGAGAAGUGUCAGGUAAAAGUGUCACCAUGCCGGCUGUAUUCAAGGCUCCCAUCCGCCCUGACGUUGUGAACUUCGUUCACACCAAUUUGCGAAAGAACAACAGACAACCCUACGCUGUCAGUGAGCUCGCAGGGCAUCAGACCAGUGCUGAAUCUUGGGGUACCGGUAGAGCCGUGGCUCGUAUCCCGAGGGUUCGCGGAGGUGGAACGCAUCGAUCUGGCCAGGGUGCUUUUGGCAAUAUGUGUCGUGGAGGUCGCAUGUUUGCCCCGACCAAGACUUGGAGGCGCUGGCACCGCAGGGUGAACAUAAACCAGAAGCGCUAUGCCAUCUGCUCUGCUCUGGCAGCUUCGGCUCUUCCAGCACUGGUGAUGUCUAAAGGCCACCGCAUUGAGGAGAUUCCAGAACUGCCCCUGGUAGUUGAAGACAAAGUUGAGAGUUACAAGAAAACUAAGGAGGCUGUGCUGUUGCUGAAGAAGCUGAAAGCCUGGAACGAUAUCAAAAAGGUCUACGCCUCUCAGCGUAUGCGGGCUGGCAAGGGCAAAAUGAGGAACCGCCGUCGCAUCCAGCGCAGGGGCCCCUGCAUCAUCUACCACGAGGACCACGGCAUCAUCAAAGCUUUCAGGAACAUCCCAGGAAUUACUCUUCUUGAUGUCAACAAACUGAACCUUCUGAGACUUGCUCCUGGAGGCCACGUUGGACGCUUCUGCAUUUGGACGGAGAGUGCUUUCCGCAAGCUGGAUGAGUUGUACGGCACCUGGCGCAAGCCGGCCACCCUGAAGAGCAACUACAAUCUGCCAAUGCACAAGAUGACCAAUACAGAUCUUGGAAGAAUCCUGAAAAGCCCGGAGAUCCAGAGGGCCCUGCGUGCGCCAAAGAAAAAGAUUCACCGCAGAGUUCUGAAGAAGAAUCCACUGAAGAAUUUGAGAGUUAUGAUUAAGCUGAACCCGUAUGCCAAGACCAUGAGGCGCAACACCAUUCUGCGCCAUGCUCGGAAUCACAAGCUGAGAGAAGAAAAAGCAGCGAAGGGGAGAGAGAAGGUAGCGGCUGCCGCUGCUGCCACCGCCGCUGCAAGAGCAAAGAAAGCUGCAGAACCUAAAAAAACUAAAGAAGCCAAGAAAGCCGCAGCAUAAGCGUGGCUUUGUGUGCUGUAAAGGGCUGUACUGUGGAUUACAGUGAAUAAAAAACAAAUCUGUCCA